CUUUCAUCGACCUAAGGCCAAACAGGUAACUUGCAUGUCCAUAAACUCGGUAGAACUCUAUGUUAAAUGCGGCAACCUAGCGGCAACCUAAGUGUAUCACUUGAACAUCAGCUGAUCUUCGAGUUACGGCAUUUGGAUUAAAACUAAACGUCAAAAUGGAAGUAAACGAAGGCAUACUCAAGUGCUACUUAUUCUACUCCAGUCUACUAAUUCUCAAGUUCUUACUUACCGAUAUUCUUUCAAGUCUUUUAAGAAUGAGCAAAGGCAUCUUCGCUAAUCCAGAGGAUGCGGCCUGUUCACCCCAGGGACUUGUGUCACAGAGUGAUCCUGAAAUUCAGAGAUGGUGCCGAGCUCUUCGGAAUGAUCUCGAAAAUAUCCUACCGUUUCUGUUCUUGGGCGGUGCCCUCGUUGCAUCUAAUCCGGGUUACGGAACGGCCUUGUGGUGCUUCCGGUUAUUUUUUCUGACCAGAGUCGCUCACACCGUCCUGUAUUUGAAAGAGAUGGCACAACCUUCUCGAGGGAUAGUUUUUGGUGUCGGUUUAACGAUCAAUUUAUAUAUGUCUGUUCAGAUAUUGACACAUUUUGUAUUCUAAACGUAUGAGAAUAAAGUUAACUUUCAUCAUA